CUUAGCAGUGACCUAGUGAUCAGUUCGUUCAGUUCUUUCGUAUUAAACAUACCUAUGUAAAAAUAAAAUACAAAAAUUAUCUGAAAAGCGCACGAAAACAUCGUAAAUUACAAAAAAUUUUACGUUAUACGAACAUUCCAAUUAUUUUUUUUCAAAAAUUUGUAAAUACAGAAAAAUGUGUUUAAGAUAAUAUUAGUGAUACUUUCAAAAUGAGUGUAUCUGUCAGUGACGAAACGAAAGAUUUGGAUGAUGUGUUGAAUAAAUUCGGUAUUUUCAAGAAAUAUCAUCGGCAGAAGUUAUUUUUGUUGUUCAUAGCUUUUGCGAGCAAUAGCCUGUAUUGCAAUCAAUUCAUAUUUAUUACGGAGCCUGUGCAAUAUAGGUGCAAAGAAGAUGACUUCAGUCAAUCUGUAUGUAGUAGUAAUUCGAGCGAUGUUUGCACUGAGUGGAUAUAUGAAGACGCCGACAGUUUUGUUGCCACGUUUGACCUCGCCUGUCAGGAUUGGAAGCGAACUCUUGUGGGCUCCGCGCAUAACUUUGGUUACAUGGUUGGUCUGCUUAUUGUUGGACCCAUGUCUGAUAGGUUCGGUCGAAAAGCCGCCAUAGUUGCUACAGGCGUGUUAGGGGGAAUCAUCGGAGUGCUAAGGAGUUUUACCCUCUGGUACUGGGUCUACGUAGCGCUGGAGUUUCUGGAGGCUUGCAUUGGGGACAUCUGCUCCCCGGCUUUUGUUUUAUCUUUAGAAAUAGUAGCAAAGAAGAAGCGUCUCUUAUUCAACAUGAUAGGGAGUCUCGGGUAUGCUGUGGGGGGAACAGCCCUUGCAUUGGUCGCCUGGCUCGUGCCAAGUUGGCGAUGGCUUCUCCGUACCAUUUAUACCCCAGCCUUACUCUUCAUAUUCUACAUCUUCCUUCUUGACGAAAGCCCAAGAUGGCAUCUAUCAAAUGGGAGAAAGGAAAAAGCUGCAAAGAUACUAGAAAAAGCAGCAGCGACCAAUAAAAUCAAGCUAGACCAAAAUACGCUCGAUAAUUUGAACUGUGAAGUAAACGAAAGUACGAACUUCAAAGAAGUGGUAAUGGGUACCUUGAAGUCCAGUAAAUUACGGAUCAGGUUUUUCGUAUGUUUGGUCUGGUGGACCACAUCUACAUUUGUUAACUAUGGGAUGGUGCUGAAUUCUAUAAGUUUACAGGGAAAUAAGUAUUUGAACUUUGCACUGACGCAAAUUAUAGAUAUUCCUGGUAUGGUCUUUAUAACGUAUAUCUUGGUACGGUUUAAGAGGAAGAAGCCGUUGAUGUUUUGCUUUGCGAUGGGCGCUGUGUUGUGCUUGUCUCAGCCGUUUAUACCGACUGAUCUACCCUGGCUGUCUAUCACAUUCUACAUGGCAGGGAAGUUGAUGUCCUCUUUCUACUUCAAUAUUACAUAUCUGUAUACGUCAGAAUUGUUUCCAACUUAUACGAGGAACUCCAUGCAUGCGCUGUGCUCGUCUUUGGGAAGAGUGGGGUCCUUGGUUGCACAGCAAACACCGCUUUUGACGAUAUACUGGGUAGGUCUACCAGCUUUUGUCUUCGGAUCUGCGUCCCUCUUUGCCGGCUUAGUGACACUGCUCGUACCGGACGUGUCGGACGAUUCUCUGCCAGACAACGUGAAGCAGGCUGAGGCGUUGGGCAUGAAGGAGAAGAAGGCUGUACUGUGACGAAUGAAUUGUAGGGAAAUUUGGUACAAUAAUGUUAGAAAGUUGGUAGAAAUAGUUGUUUAGUGUUGUGGAAGA